CAUUUUGUUACAAAUCUCUCUUUAGAAUUAAGACUAAGAGACACGAUCAAGUGUAAAACAAACGUAAACAAAGAUGGCAGAUAAGAAUUCAAAUCUUUAUGUGCUUCUGCUGUCAAAUGUCAUGAUUGUCAACGGUUACUUACAGUUUGUAGUUUCCGGUGUUACACAGACUGACAGUAGUCCCAUCUUCUCUUCUGGGACAUACAAUUACUGGCCUAAUAGGACUGUGGAUGGAAACUUCAGUCAAAGUCAUCAAGCAUGUCUACAUACCGCAAUAAUUGAUGUCUCAGAGGCAUGGCUACGUGUUGAUCUGCAAGCCGCUAGAAGUGUAAAGUUCGUGAAGUUCUGGUACAGGAACGAUAGAGGCAGUGCAUUCUUAACUACAAUACGUCUGCGGGGUUACAGCAUCCGUGUAUCCAACACAUCAGCCGUAUCACCUGGUUCUACAGAUGCGUGCUUCACUGAUGAUAUGUCACAAACAUUACCAACUGUCAUCCAGGAAGAAUGUGAGAGAACAACAAGAUAUGUUUGGUUCUACCAGGUGCAUAUAAGAGACUCGAAUGAUAAAGUUCCAAUAUUGGAAAUAUGCGAGGUGCAGAUAUUUGGGUGUGAAACUGGAACAUAUGGCGUUAACUGUUCUAAAACAUGUAGUCAUUGUAAGAAUAAUGGAACAUGUGACAUUGACACUGGAGAAUGUGAUGACAAUGGCUGUGCCCUUUCUGGGUUUAAAUCGCCUAUGUGUGGUGAUUGCCUUUCUGGAUUGUACGGCAAAGAGUGCAAUUUAAACUGUAGUCAAUUCUGUCAUGGAAAAGUAUGUUAUCAAAUCACAGGAGAAUGUAUUAACGGUUGUGAAGACGGAUACAUAGGAGGUCUCUGCACAAUACUGUGUCCAAAUGGCUAUUUUGGAAGAAAGUGUCUGGAAACUUGUGGAAAGUGUUUGGAUGAUCGAACAUGUGACAACAUUAAUGGAACGUGUAUUGGUGGCUGCAAUGGAGGAUUUGAAGGAGAUUUAUGCAAAACAGAAUGUAUUCCUGGAGAAUAUGGACGAAACUGUCAGUUCCGAUGCAGUGAUCAUUGUUACAACAACGAAGUUUGUGACACCGUUUUUGGCAAUUGUAGCAAAUGUGCAGAAGGUUUUGAUAAUGCUAAAUGUACUAAACAAUGUGAUAGUGGGUAUUAUGGAGAGAGUUGUAUGUUUCAAUGUGGACAUUGUUUGGAUAAUACCACCUGUAACAACAUUGAUGGCACCUGUCCUGGCGGAUGUAUGUCAGGAUGGCAGAACACAGAUAAGUGUGAUACACCAUGCAAAAAUGGUACUUUUGGGGUACUGUGCAUGCAUAACUGCAGUGGAAACUGUUUGAAUAAUGAAACCUGUGACAAAAGUGACGGGGGAUGCAGAAACUGUGCUACUGGAUGGGAGGGUUCUCUAUGUAGUAAAGCGUGUGAUAUUGGACGUUAUGGUUUAAACUGUCAACAUGUUUGUGGACACUGUUAUAAGGCCGAACAGUGUUUCCAUACCAACGGAAGCUGUUCUGGUGGCUGCAUGGAAGAGUACAGAGGAGAAAUGUGCUUAGAGAGUAUAGGUGCAUUAGGAUCAACGCAGGAUUCGGAGACACCGUAUGUUGCAAUCAUAGCUGUUCUUGUAGCUGUAAUUGUCGCCCUGAUGACUGUAAUAGCAGUACUUGUUUUUAUCUUAAGAAACGCUCGUAAGAAAAACGAAACAAACAGCCAAGUAAACGAUGUCGAUAUGUAUGAUUUACCAAACGCUAAGCCAGAAAACAGCGUAUAUGAUCUAAUCUCCGCACAAUAAACUAAACAAUCUAUAGAAGUAUUUGUCAGAGUGAUUGCAGUUGAUAUUGGAGUAUAUCGUUAUCAAAACCUGGAAAUAGCAAGUAUGAAGAGUGUUGAUUUGUAAAAUGAU